AGUGCCAGCCAAUCAGAAGCAUGGUCAGUCAGCGUGAAACAAUGAGCUUCUGAUGAGGGUGUGGCCUGGAAAACGGCUUUUAGACAAAACUGUCAUUUUAUGGGCCAUACACGGACAUGGCACUUAUGUCUUCAGAAUAAUGUCACCCAGGCCCCUUUUCUGUUUUCUGCACUCCUGAAAGAUCUAGUACCUGAUCUAGGCUCUGGCUUUCCCUCAGCCUUGGAAAAAGACGAGAAGGUCUAUUUGGGGACUAUUUGCUGUGACCAUAAAUUCCUGAACAUUUGCCUUGAACAUGAGCACUCGAAGAGAAGAAUCACAGGACCGGGCCAUCGUCAGAAUUGCAGCUCAUCUACCAGACCUCAUUGUCUAUGGAGACUUCUCUCCAGAGCGACCCUCUGUGGAUUAUUUUGAUGGGGUCCUGAUGUUUGUUGAUAUUUCAGGUUUUACUGCAAUGACUGAGCAGUUCAGCACAGCCAUGUACAUGGACCGAGGGGCUGAGCAGUUGGUGGAGAUCCUCAACCACUACAUCAGUGCAAUAGUGGAGAAAGUGUUGAUUUUUGGAGGAGACAUCUUAAAAUUUGCAGGUGAUGCGCUGCUAGCCCUGUGGAAGGUGGAGCGAAGGCAACUGAAAAACAUUAUCACGGUGGUAAUUAAAUGUAGCCUCGAGAUCCAUGGACUGUUUGAGACACAGGAGUCUGAAGAAGGCCUGGAUGUCCGAGUCAAGAUCGCCCUGGCUGCAGGCCACAUCACCAUGUUGGUCUUUGGAGAUGAAACACGCAGCUUCUUUCUGGUGAUCGGGCAGGCGGUGGACGACGUGCGCCUGGCACAGAACAUGGCGCAGAUGAACGAUGUCAUUCUGUCCCCAAACUGCUGGCAGCUCUGUGACCGGAGCAUGAUCGAAAUUGAGAGAAUUCCAGAUCAGAGAGCAGUCAAGGUUAAUUUCUUAAAACCACCUUCUACUUUUAACUUUGAUGAGUUUUUCACAAAGUGUAUGACUUUCAUGAAUUAUUACCCUUCUGGUGACCACAAAAACCUCCUGAGGCUUGCAUGCAUGCUGGAGUCUGACCCUGAGCUGGAGUUGUCCCUACAAAAGUAUGUGAUGGAAAGCAUAUUGAAGCAGAUUGAUGACAAACAGCUUCGGGGUUAUUUGUCUGAGCUUCGCCCAGUGACGAUUGUGUUUGUGAACCUGAUGUUUAAGGACCAAGACAAGGCAGAAGUCAUAGGCUCGGCCAUCCAGGAUGCCUGUGUGCAUAUCAAUUCUGUCCUGAGGGUCUUCCGAGGCCAAAUCAAUAAAGUCUUCAUGUUUGACAAGGGCUGCUCCUUCCUCUGUGUCUUUGGUUUCCCUGGGGAAAAGGCUCCUGAUGAGGUCACUCAUGCCUUGGAGAGUGCUGUGGAUAUAUUUGACUUCUGCUCUCAGGUUCACAAAAUCCAUACCGUCUCCAUCGGUGUGGCCAGUGGGAUUGUCUUCUGCGGCAUCGUUGGACACUCUGUGAGACAUGAGUACACAGUAAUUGGUCAAAAAGUCAACAUAGCUGCCAGGAUGAUGAUGUACUACCCAGGGAUCGUGACAUGUGACUCCGUCACCUACAAUGGCAGCAACCUACCAGCCUACUUUUUCAAAGAGCUUCCAAAGAAGGUCAUGAAGGGUGUUGCAGAUUCUGGACCAGUCUAUCAGUGUUUGGGACUUAAUGAGAAAGUCAUGUUUGGUAUGGCAUACCUCAUCUGCAACAGAAAUGAGGGCUACCCUUUGCUGGGACGUGAUAAGGAGAUCAAAUACUUCAUGUGUAUUAUGAAGGAAUUUUUGGUGUCCAACUGCAGCCGAGUCCUAAUGUACGAAGGAUUAUCAGGAUAUGGAAAAAGCCAGAUACUUACGGAAAUUGAGUAUCUGGCCCAAGGUGAGAACCACAGGACUAUUGCUAUCGCAUUGACUAAGAUCAGCUUCCAUCAGAAUUUCUAUACCAUCCAGAUACUCAUGGCCAGUGUCCUAGGUCUGGAUACUUGUAAACAUUAUAAAGAACGACAGACCAACCUUCAAAAUAAAGUCAAGACUCUGUUGGAUGAGAAGUUCCACUGUCUCCUGAAUGACAUCUUCCAUGUCCAGUUCCCUAUUUCACGAGAGGUUUCCAAGAUGACCACCUUAAAAAAGCAAAAGCAGUUGGAAGCAUUGUUUAUGAAGAUCUUGGAGCAAACAGUGAAAGAGGAAAGGAUUAUUUUCAUCAUCGAUGAAGGCCAGUUUAUUGACUCAGCCUCCUGGGCCUUUAUGGAGAAGCUGAUCCGGACGGUUCCUGUCUUCAUCAUCAUGUCCCUGUCGCCCUUCGUUGACAUACCCUGUACGGCGGCCAGAACCAUAAUGAAGAACAGGAACACCACCUACAUCACCCUUGGAGCCGUGCAGCCUAAGGACAUCCGCAACAAGGUCUGCCUAGACCUCAGCGUCAGGGGCAUCCCCAAAGAACUGGACACGUACCUGGUGGAGGGAAGCUGUGGGAUUCCGUUUUACUGUGAAGAAUUGCUAAAAAACCUUGACCAUCACAGGGUACUUGUUUUCCAACCAAUGGAGUCUGAGGAGAAGACCAAUAUGACCUGGAAUAACCUGUUCAAGAAUUUUAGUAGGCCAACCGAGGAAUUAAAAAUAUUUACUCCUAAUAAUGAGGAGGGAAUUGAAGAAGUCUGUAACCUCGCCAGUGGUGUCAGAUUGAAAAACUUGUCACCACCAGCAUCAUUAAAAGAAAUCUCUCUGGUUCAGCUGGAUAGCAUGAGCCUUUCCCACCAGAUGUUGGUGAGAUGUGCUGCCAUUAUUGGCCUGACCUUCACCACGGAGUUGUUGUUCGAGGUUCUGCCUUGUUGGAACAUGAAGAUGAUGAUCAAGGCCCUGGCGACUCUAGUGGAAUCCAAUGUCUUUGAUUGUUUCCGGAAUGGCAAGGAACUCCGAACGGCCCUAAAACAGCAUGCGGCCUCCUUUGAGGUGAAUUAUCGCUCGCUGUCUCUGAAGCCUAGUGAGGGAAUGGCUCAUGGUGAGGAGGAAGAGCUCCACGAGCUGGAAAGCGAGGUCAUCGAGUGCCACAUCAUUCGAUUUUGCAGGCCUAUGAUGCAGAAGACAGCCUAUGAACUGUGGCUGAAGGACCAGAAGAAAGCCAUGCAUUUGAAAUGUGCCCGCUUUUUAGAGGAAAAUGCACACAGAUGUGACCAUUGCCAAAGUGGGGACUUCAUCCCCUACCACCACUUCACAGUGAACAUUCGCCUCAACAGUUUGGACAUGGAUACCAUUAAGAAGAUGGCUAAGUCCCACGGAUUUAAAACUGAAGAAGAGACCACCUUUUCCAAAAUAGAGAUUCAUAAGAAAUCUGAGAUAUUUCCUGAAAAUCUCAGUCCUGAAGAAAUAAGAGAAAAGAUCUUGAGUUUCUUUGAUGUCAUUAUAACAAAAAUGAGGACAGCUGAGGAAGACAUCAUUCCUCUGGAAUCUUGCCAGUGUGAGGAGAUCGUAGAGAUGGUCAUCAUGCCUCUGGCCCACCAUUUUCUGGCUUUGGGAGAAAACAACAAAGCCUUAUAUUACUUCCUAGAAAUUACAUCUGCUUAUCUCAUCUUGGGUGAUAAUUAUAUGGCAUACAUAUAUUUGAACGAGGGAGAGAGGUUGCUGAAAAUGCUCAAGGACGACAAAUCCUGGAGUCAUACUUUUGAGUCCGCUACCUUUUACAGCCUCAAAGGUCAGGUCUGUUUCAACAUGGGCCAGAUGGUGCUUGCCAAGAAAAUGCUGCGGAAGGCACUGAAGCUGCUCAAGAGAAUCUUUCCUUACAACUUAAUCUCCCUGUUUCUUCACACCCAUGUUGAGAAAAACAGACACUUUCACUAUGUGAAUCAACAGGCCCAAGAGAGCUCACCUCCAGGGAAGAGGAGGCUGGCACAACUCUACAGGCAAAUCGCGUGCUUCUCCUUGCUGUGGCAGAUCUAUAGCUUAAAUUAUUUUUUCCACUACAAGUAUUAUGGCCACCUAGCAGCUAUGAUGCAAGUGAAUACGGCCCUGGAAACUCAAGAUGAUUUUCAGAUCAUUAAGGCCUACCUGGACUAUUCACUGCACCACCAGCUGGCCGGCUACCAGGGUGUGUGGUUCAAAUAUGAAAUCAUGGCCAUGGAACAGAUCUUCAACCUCCCCCUGAAAGGCGCGGGCAUUGAAAUCGUGUCAUAUGUGGCUGAUACACUGGGCUAUACCAAGCUUUUAAUGGGUCACUUGGACUUGGCCAUUGACUUAGGCUCUCGAGCCCGCAAGAUGUGGACUCUGCUCCGGAAUCCCAACAGACACUACAUGGUCCUCUGCUGGCUUAGUAAAUCUCUCUUCUUGAAAAACAGAAACAAGCAAUUGAUCCAGGUGUUGGGGUGGCUGUGGGACCUUUCUAUAAGAGAAGAGCACAUCUUCAGCAAGGCAUUCUUCUAUUUUGUCUGCCUGGACAUCAUGCUUUAUUCUGGCUUUGUUUAUAAGACAUUUGAAGAAUGUUUGGAAUUCAUAUACCAAAAUGAAGACAACAGAAUCCUCAAAUUCCAAAGUGGAAUCCUCCUGGGACUCUAUUCCUGUGUAGCUAUCUGGUAUGCCAGGCUUCAGGAAUGGGACAACUUCCACAUAUUUUCCAGUAGAGCUAAAAACCUAGUGCCCAGAAGAACGCCGACAGCUCUCUACUAUGAAGGAAUCUGUAGGUACAUGGAGGGAGAAGUUCUCUACCUUCAGAAGCAGAUCGAGGGUCAAUCUGAGAAUGCUCAAGACAGUGGAGUCGAGCUACUCAAGAACUUGGAGAGCCUGGUGGCUCAGAAUACCACCGGCCCUGUCUUCUACCCGAGGCUCUACCACCUGAUGGCCUAUGUCUGCAUACUAAUGGGAGACGGGCAGAACUGUGACCUCUUCCUGAACACAGCCUUACAGUUCUCUGAAACACAGGGGAAUGUGCUGGAGAAAUGCUGGCUGAACAUGAGCAAAGAAUGGUGGUACUCAAGCUCUGAGUUAACAGAAGACCAAUGGCUUCAAACUAUCUCGAGUCUCCCAUCAUGGGAAAAAAUUGUGUCCGGCAAGGUAAACAUGCAGGAUAUUCAAAAAAACAAAUUCCUGAUGAGAGUUAAUAUCCUGGACAAUCCUUUCUAACAUUUCAUGAAAGAGAACAAAGAUUUCAGGCAGACUCCUCCUCUUGCAAUUACCCAUUAUUACCCUUUCUCUGUAGCCGGCACCCUCCAGGUUCCCUCAUAUUCUCUUCCGUUCCAGACACAGAACCAGCCACGUUGGUUUCAACCCUCCCUUUCUGGAGGGUCAGAAAGGGUCAGCAGGGUCAUGCUUACUCUCUCUCUCUUCACUUCACACAAACUCCCUUACCUCUCAUUUUCAGCUUGACCUGUUCAUUUCGGCCCAUUCAAAAUGUGUGUCCUGGGGAAAAAUAUCAAUAUCAAAAUGGUACACUUUGUGACAGAUACAAUUUCUAGUGAAUCUAUUAAACUUAAAAUGUUUAUUUUUA